GGUGAAAGUGCACUUUGUCUUUUCUAUAUUCAGCAAACAUUUGAGGGCUCACAUGUACUGGACAUACAGGGAGAAUAGGAUGCCCUUAGUUAUCACCCACCUAAAGGAGACAUGUAAACUGAUAAAAUUUAGAGUAAAGAAGGUAAAUAUGUGAACCUAAGGAAAGGAAGAAAUAGAUUGAAUCAUUUGGAAAGAACAGCAGAACAGGGGCACAAAUCUUCCAAAACUCAGUGUUCCAGUUGGAAUUACUUCCUUGGGAUAUAGGCUCUGAAUAUUUUCCUAAUAUGCAGUAGAUGCCAGGAAGGAAAACUGCUACUUCUGUCACUUCAAAAAAUUUAACUAUUGAUGUGUGUUGUUUUCGUAGGAAUGGGCACCAUGGAUGAUUUUAUCGACGAGGAUCUUAGCAUAGUAGAUGAUGCUUUGUUAGAAGAUUGCCCCUCUGAGGAUGAGUUUGUCUUUGCUCCUGAAUAUAUGUCAGAUGAUUAUGUCCGUGUGACUCAGCUGUACUAUGAUGGAGUGGGCUUGCAGUAUAAAGAUUAUGUUCGAUGUGAGAGAAAUGUGGAAUUUGACAUCUGCAGUAUAUGGUGCAGCAAGCCAAUUUCUGUCCUACGAAGUUAUUGUGAUGCCAUUAAAAUACAUAUCUUCUGGCCACUUCUUUUUCAACUGCAGCAAAAUUCUAUAUUAUCAAGAUUACAUCCUUGUGUGGAGACCUUUUUGCAGGGUUCAGAGAUAAGUUUGAAGAAGUUACAACUUCUUGAGUUGAUGGAAGAUAUUGUGGAUUUGGCAAAAAAAGUUGCGAAUGAUUCAUUUCUUAUUGAAGGCUUAUUGAGAAUUGGCUAUAAGAUAGAAAACAAAAUCUUGGCAAUGGAGGAAGCUUUAAAUUGGAUAAAAUAUACAGGCGAUGUAACCAUUCUACCCAAAUUAGGAUCAGUGGACAAAUGUUGGCCUAUGUUAAGUAUUUUCUUUACUGAAUAUAAGUAUCACAUAACUAGAGUUGUAACGGAGAAUUGCAAUUUGCUUGAAGAAUUUAAAGGUCAAAGCUGUGUGGACUGUACAGAGCAAGGAGAACUUAUGAGAAUGAAAGGAAAUGAAGAAUUUUCCCAACAAAGAUUUGAUGUAGCUAUUAUUUAUUACACCAGAGCCAUUGAAUAUAGACCUGAAUGCUACGUUCUUUAUGGUAACCGAGCUCUUUGUUUUCUUCGUACUGGACAGCUUAGAAACGCACUUGGUGAUGGAAAGAGAGCCAUUAUUCUGAAGAACACUUGGUCAAAGGGCCAUUAUCGUUAUUGUGAUGCUCUUUCUAUGCUGGGUGAAUAUGACUGGGCCCUUCAAGCAAACAUAAAAGCUCAAAAACUGUGUAAAAAUGAUCCUGAGGGAAUGAAAGAUCUAAUUCAGCAGCAUGCAAAGUUACAAAAACAAAUAGAAGACCUGCAAGGUCGAACAUCUUACAAGAAUCCAAUUAAGGCUUUUUAUGAGAGCAGGAACUCCACAAAUAGGAAUCUGUCAGCACCUGCUUUUAGUGCAUCACUUAACUUCGUGGAGAAGGAGAAAACGUCCAAAAAAACUAACCACGAAAUGGCAAACAGCCAUCACAAUCAAAUGAUGGUAGAUGACAUUUUGGAAGAUGAAUGUGACUGCUAUCCUGAAUUUAUACCACCAUCAAGUCAGCCUCCAAAACAUAAAGGAAAACAGAAAUCCCGAAAUAGUGAAUCAGAAAAAUUCAGUUCUAGUUCACAACUGACUUUGCCAGUAGAUUUGAAGAGCCUUUUGGAGAAACAGUUUUCUAAGUCUUCUAGAGCUGCACACCAGGAUUUUGCUAACAUAAUGAAGAUGCUCAGAAGCUUAAUUCAAGAUGGCUACACGGCCUUACUGGAGCAGCGCUGCCGCAGUGCCGCACAGGCAUUUACGGAGCUGCUAAAUGGUCUAGAUCCUCAGAAAAUAAAGCAAUUAAACCUGGCUAUGAUCAACUAUGUAUUAGUAGUCUAUGGACUUGCUAUAUCCCUUCUUGGAAUAGGACAACCUGAGGAAUUAUCUGAGGCUGAAAACCAGUUUAAGAGGAUUAUUGAACACUAUCCCAAUGAGGGACUUGAUUGCUUGGCCUACUGUGGGAUUGGGAAAGUAUAUUUGAAAAAAAACAGAUUUCUAGAAGCCCUCAAUCAUUUUGAAAAGGCAAAAACUUUGAUUUGUCGUCUUCCUGGUGUGCUAACUUGGCCCACAAGUAAUGUGAUUAUUGAAGAGUCUCAUCCAGAGAAAAUAAAGAUGCUGUUAGAAAAGUUUGUUGAAGAAUGUAGAUUUCCUCCAGUGCCAGAUGCUGUUUGUUGCUAUCAGAAAUGCCAUGGUUAUUCUAAAAUUCAGAUAUACAUAACUGAUCCAGACUUCAAGGGUUUUAUACGAAUCAGCUGUUGCCAGUACUGUAAAAUAGAAUUUCACAUGAACUGCUGGAAGAAGUUAAAAACAACAACCUUUAAUGAUAAAAUUGACAAGGAUUUUCUGCAAGGCAUCUGUCUUACACCUGACUGUGAAGGAACCAUCUCUAAAAUUAUUAUCUUCAACAGUGGUGGUCAAGUAAAAUGUGAAUUUGAACACAAGGUCAUAAAAGAAAAGGUUCCUCCAAGACCUAUUCUGAAACAGAAGUGUUCUAGCCUAGAGAAGCUAAGACUGAAAGAAGACAAAAAACUGAAAAGAAAGAUCCAAAAACAAGAGGCAAAAAAGUUAGCACAAGAAAGACUGGAAGAAGACUUAAGAGAAAGUAAUCCACCUAAAAAUGAAGAUCAGAAAGAAACCAUAGACACUGUUCAGAACUGUCAGUUCCUUGAUGACAGAAUUCUUCAGUGCAUAAAGCAGUAUGCUGACAAGAUUAAAUCUGGUAUAUUGAAUACUUCCAAGCUUCUCAAAGAAUUGCUUUCGUGGAAAGUUCUGAGCACAGAAGACUAUACAACAUGUUUUUCUAGCAGAAAUUUUCUCAAUGAAGCAGUAGACUAUGUAAUUCGUCACUUGAUUCAAGAAAAAAAUAGAGUAAAAACAAGAAUAUUUCUGCAUGUUUUGAGUGAGCUUAAAGAAGUGGAGCCCAAAUUAGCAACCUGGCUCCAGAAGCUUAAUAGCUUUGGCUUAGAUGCCACAGGACCUUUUCUUUCUCGAUAUGGAGCAUCUCUUAAGGAGCUUGACUUUAGCAUCAUGACUUUUCUCUGGAAUGAGAAAUACGGUCAUAAACUAGGCUCCAUAGAAGGAAAGAAACUUGAUUUCUUCUGUGAGCCAACAUCCUUAAAAGAAGCACGUUGUUUAAUAUGGCUGCUAGAAGAACACAGAGACAAGUUCCCAGCAUUGCAUAGUGCUUUAGAUGAAUUCUUCGAUAUAAUGGACAGCCGCUGUACUGUAUUAAGGAAACAAGACAGUGGUGAAGCACCGUUUGGUUUUACCAAGGUAAAAAACAAAGGCAAGAAAAAAAAGCCAAAAGAUUCAAAGCCGAUGUUAGUGGGAUCUGGAACACCAUCAGUAACACCAAAUAAUGAUUCUAACACUUCAGGAGAAGACCAUAACAGGCGCAAUUCAGAUGCUGCGGGUCCAUUUGCAGUGCCUGACCAUCUUCGGCAAGAUGUAGAAGAAUUUGAAGCUCUCUAUGACCAGCACAGUAGUGAAUAUGUUGUCCGCAACAAGAAGCUAUGGGAUAUUAACCCCAAACAAAAAUGUUCCACCCUCUAUGAUUAUUUUUCUCAGUUAUUGGAGGAGCAUGGUCCAUUGGAUAUGAGUAACAAAAUGUUCUCUGAAGAAUACGAGUUUUUCCCUGAAGAAACUCGACAGAUACUAGCAAAAGCAGGAGGUUUAAAAUCUUUUCUCCUUGGAUGCCCUCGUUUUGUUGUGAUUGACAACUGCAUUGCUUUGAAAAAAGUUGCUUUACGGCUGAAGAAAAAAAGAAAGAAGAAAAACAUUAAAACGAAAGUAGAAGAGAUUUCAAAACCAGGAGAUUACCUACGUGUUAAACUGCCACUGAAUCCUGCUGCUAGGGAAUUUAAACCAGAUGUGAAGUCCCAGCCAGUGCCUGACGUGUCUUCAGUACCAGCUUCUGAGGAUGUGAAGCCCCAACUGGAAUCUGAUAGUUCUUCCAGUCCAGUUUCUGAGGAGAGCAAACCUAUCGAGGUUUCUUCUGAUUCUCCCACUCCAGCCUCUGAAGAUGCAAAUCACACGCUGGUUUCCUCACAUUCUCCCAAGCCAGUUCCUGAGGAGGUGAAACCAACUUAUUGGACCCAGUCCCACUUGGUCACAGGAUACUGUACGUACGUUCCUUUUCAGAGAUUUGACAUCGCCCAGACUCCAACAACGUACAUUAAUGUGUUACCACCUUUACCCCAGUACACCAGCAUUUACACACCGUUGGCCAGCAUCUCCUCUGAAUAUCCACUGCAGAGAUCAAUACCAGUGGUGCCAUCUUUCGUAGCCAGUGACCGAGCAGAUAAAAACGCUGCUGCAUAUUUUGAUAGCCAUAAUUUGAAUGUUGAGAAUGUUCCUGGCAGCCAGAUUGCCUCUGAAACACAGGUCCUUGAGGAGUCUGUGGGAAUGUCUGAGAAAUCACAGAGCAGCCCAGACGAGGCUGAUAGCGCCCUGAGCAAGUUUGAUGGAGAUGAGGGCCACUCUGAGAAGAGCAAAUGUAAAGUCCCUCCAGAAAGCACCAGUGUAGUGACAAAUGUCCCAUCUACCCAGGUGGUUGCCACGCAGGUUUCUUGCAACAGACCAGCAGACCAAGAAGUCAAUACAGAUCCAUAUGCUCCUUAUGAGGCACAGCAGGGGGAUAUCUCACAGAUUGAAAAAGAGUACCACACAUUACAAGAAGAGCUUAAGGAAGCAUAUGAAAAUUAUGAACAGAUACAACUCAGGAGCUCAGAAGAGACUAGGGAUCUGGAAGAAAAGUUGAGAAGGAACAUAGAGGAAAACAAGAUCUCCAAGACAGAAUUAGAUUGGUUCCUCCAAGAUUUGGACAAAGAAAUUAAAAAAUGGCAACGAGAGAAAAAAGAAAUUCAAGAAAGAUUAAAAGCAUUGAAAAAGAAAAUCAAGAAGAUUUUAAAUGCCAAUGAAAUGUCCACCCAGAAAAAUGAUGUCAUGGACAAGAACCAGGAACUUUAUCUUGACCAGUCCCUCGAAAGCAGUAAUGCAUUUACAAGCGAGAGAACGCAAAUGGAAGAGUGUCUACAGAAAGGGAAGGAGCGCUGUGAAGAGAGUCGACACCGAGCGGUAGCUGCAGAGGUAUCUGUGCUUGAAAACUGGAAGGAGCAUGAAGUGUACAAGUUACAGAGCAUGGCGUCGCAGGCGGAAGCCUAUCUGGAGAACCUCAAGCUGACCAGCAGUGAUUCUACAGCAUAUCUUGAUAUAGAGUCUGAUAUACAUUCAUGGGAGUCAUUUCUUUCUAAUGUUACAGAAGAAAUUAAGAAAGCAGAGGCUGAGUUUGAAGAGCAAAUUAAAGCAAUUAAAAAUGGUUCUCAGCUCAGUGAACUUUCUAAAGUGCAGAUUUCUGAGCUUUCAUUUCCUGCCUAUAGCACAAUUCAUCUGAAGUUGUACUCUGAGUGUGCAGACUAUGAGGAUCCAGAGCUCCUGACUCCUGCAAGCGGCAACACAGAAGUUAUCGAGGACUUGGGGCUGUUUGCUGCCAGUGGCUGUGCAGAGGAAAGUCCUUUGGCUCUGUCAGAGGGGUCGCCGUCCUGCCAGCCUGAGGUCGCCCUGCAGUCAGAGCCUAAGAGUGCUGGCCAAGCAACUCUAGCAGAACGAAGCCCCGAGGCGGACCAGGAUCAGCCUGCUCCUCCCGAACCUGCAGAACGAAGCCGAAGCCCCGAGGGGGACAAGAAACCACCUGCUCCUCCUCCAGGACCUGUAGAACAAAGCACUGAGGGGGACAAGAAACCGCCUGCUCCUCCAGGACCUGUAGAACAAAGCACUGAGGGGGACAAGAAACCACCUGCUCCUCCAGGACCUGUAGAACAAAGCACUGAGGGGGUCAAGAAACCACCUGCUCCUCCAGAACCUGCUGAACGAAGCAUCGAGGUGGACAAGAAACCGCCUGCUCCUCCAGAACCUGCAGAACAGAGCACUGAGGGGGACAAGAAACCGCCUGCUCCUCCUCCAGGACCUGCUGAACGAAGCCCCAAGCGGGACAAGAAACCGCCUGCUCCUCCAGGACCUGUAGAACAAAGUGCCAAGGUGAGCAAGAAACCGCCUGCUCCUGCAGGACAUGCAGAGCGAAGCAUGGAGGUGAACAGGAAACUGGCUGCUCCCGGGCGCGCAGAACGAAGCCCCAAGGUGGACAAGAAGCUGCCUGCUCCAUCAGCACCUGCAGCACAAAGCUCCGAGGCAGACCAGAAACUGCCGGCUCCUCUGGGGCCUGCUGUUCACUCGGGCCCGUUUCUCAAAGGACCGUUCAGCAUUGUCAUGGCAAACUUGUCCCUGCUCUUCCCAUGGUACAGCAGCAUUGAGCUUGUGGGAUUUAUCAAACAAGUUCGAAGCAAAAACAAGAGCUUAUUCGCAGAUUUGCGAGCUGAUGAAAUUAUUCAGAAAGUGAGAGAACAUAUUCUAGAUGAACAGAAAAAGAAAAAGCCAAACCCAAGAAAGGACCCAAGGACCUGUGAGGCCGGCUCCGCUGCUGCUGUGACCAGGACUUGCCAGGGACCGCCCGCCUCCAAAGGCAAGGGCCAGAAGGCGGGAGACAGCCCUGCUCCCGACGAGAAUCCCUGUGCACUGUGCCAUGACGAGUUCAAGUCAAGAGCUCUGCGCACACUCAAGUGUGGGCACAAGGUUCACAAGGGGUGCUUUAAGCAGUGGCAUAAAGGGCAGAGUGCUUGCCCCACCUGCGGCAGUGGCGACCUGAUGAAAGAAGAUUAGCCUCGUCCCCGGACCCGAGAUCCGUGACGCCCGGAGCCACCUGCUGCCGCUCUGGCGUCCCCCUUCACUAGAGCACCCACCGCCCGCGGGUGCUGAACUGAAAUGACAGCGCCCUACCUGCAAACAAGACCCGCGAAGACCCGUGUGCUGUGUCACAAAGCUAGUCAACGGAGUUGAUAGGGAAUAAUCCCCCACUCUGAUGAGAGUCCACGCGUGGCUUAGAGUCUCUCCCCACAGUCCCGCGUUGUCGCAGUUCACGCACGGGAGCUCUGGGGGGCAGACGACUUCUCUUGAGAAGUGUUGUGACAGGGUUUGAGUUAUAAGACCUGGUCAGAAGCCCAAGGGUUCCUCUUUAGUAUUUGAAAAACCUAGCAAGUGCCAUAACAGAUGAUGCUGACCUUCAUGUCUCUCGCGAGAUCCACCAUUCUAAAGAUAGGCCUACAUGUUCCUCAGAGGUCCUGCCUUUUCAAAGUGAGCUUUAAGUGAAUCACGUUUUUAUAAUUUGUAAGUAUUACAGAAUAUUGGCUGAUAAAGACCAAAAGAUCUUUUCACAAACCCCGUUUGCUUUGACUUUCCAUUGCAUUGCUUUAUUUGCCCCCUUAUAGAUUUUCUUUGAAGUGCUUAUUUUUCGUCCUUUUAAAAUGCAAUCUGAUUUUUCAAAAACAUUUUUUAGUAUCAGACAGAUCAUUUUUACCCCUGGGAUCGAGGCUGUGUAUUCUUCCCAGUCCCCCCCCCCCCCCCCCGGCUUGUUCUCAGCAUCCUGUGCUGUCUUGUCUGCCACCUUUGGGUGUCUUUGUGAGUGAGCAGGUGCUUGCGUAUCUCCUGAGCACGAUGCUGUGUAGAAGUGGGCGCCAUUGUUCUCUCCUUAAUCUCUUCCUACCACCAAAAAAGAAACAUGACUAAGACAAUCCUGAGGUGUUUGUGUCGCAGCCUUUCUGUGUUUGACAUUUGUGUAAAGUAAUGCAUGCAGUCUUGUGCUGUGGCCUGAGAACAAAACUUCACUGCAUUAGAAACUCCUGGAAAUAGAUAUCCUUUGGUGACCAGAAGACUGGUAAAUAGAGAAACAGGAGUUCUGGAAACAUUCCAUUUCCCUCAGGCAUGAAAGUGUGGUUCGAAACCGUCUUUCAGUGUGUUCUUCGCCCACCAGAGCUGGGCGAGCGGAUGUGGUCGCCUUCUGCCUGUGUUGUGUCUCCCCGUGAGUCAUGGUGUCAUAGUGGCUUAGUCUGCAGCGGCUCACCCCAUGGCAGGAGGAGAGCCACCAUCCGGAUAAUGUGUCCUGCUUCACUUCAAAGCCCUGUGAACAUGCCUUACGUCUGUCCAGUGAUUGUCAAUAAACGAGCAUUCAAAACGACCAGCAGUCUACUGUCGUCCUUGCCCGUGCUUUCUGCUUUCUCAGCUCGCUUCUUUGGAUGCGUUGCCCCUAGCC